AUGACCUAUGACGACCAACAGGCUGUACCUUCAACUUUGGCCGGGUCAUCCUUAUCAGCAGCUUCUGCAAUCCUGCAACAACAACAACGAAGGAAUACGGACGACGAAUUGCUCAAUGAAAUCGCUGGACGAUACUCCACCCCACCGGAUGAAACACCACCCGAGAAGAAGGCAAGGCUCGCCAGAAAGCGACAAGCGCUGUACAGGGCCAAGAAGCGCCUCGCGGGAGCAGCUCCUACGGUGGCAGCUGUACAGGACGACCAACAGGCUGUACCGUCUACUUCGGCCGGGACAUCCUUAUCAGGAGCUCCAGCAAUCUUGCAACAACAACAACUACGAAGGAAUAUUGACGAUGAUUUGCUCAAUGAAAUCGCUGGACGGUACUCCACCCCACCGGAUGAAACACCACCCGAGAAGAAGGCAAGGCUCGCCAGAAAGCGACAGGCACUGUACAAUGCCAGGAAGCGCAUGGUGCAAACUCCGAAUGUCGCAACUGUGGUCAACCGCGCCCCAGCACCAGCAUCAGCACCAUGGCCUGGAGAGCCGCCCAGUGUGUGCUGCAACAGUGGACAAGUUGUGCUUCCACCGUUUCCCGAACCGCCAGCAGAGUUGCGCCAACUAUUUGACGUGCCGCAAUUUCUGCUCAACAUCCGGCGAUACAAUAAUGCGUUUGCCUUCACCUCUAUCGGUGCCUCAAUACGAGGAAAUGACCCAGUACGCCAGGAUCUACGAGUCGGUCACGGUGGAAUUUACAACUAUCGCAUACAAGGACGUCCACCAUGCUACGCACAGCUGUACUUUUAUGAUUCAAGCUCGGAGGGUCAGUACGACGAAAUGCUGAACGCUCGGGCCAUAGCAUAUGAGAUGUUUAAGCAUGCGUACGAACGGAUGUCUGUUCGAGAUGAUCUGCGGCUUUGCAUCCACUCGCGUAUACCAGGCAUCGAUCAACGGCGUUACAAUGCACCGACUGCAGAUGAAGUUGGUGGCGUGUUCGUGUGCGAUGAUACUACCGGAGCCACGGAACAUACACGCGAUAUUGUGCUGCAGCAUCGUGCCACAGGAUACUUGCAGCCUGUGUUUGAUACCAACCAGUUGGCAGAUGCACUCCAAUACCCGAUUCUGUUUCCGCGGGGUGAAACCGGUUGGACUUACGGUAUGCCAAAGGUACAGCGCCGAACCAGACAGCAGCAACAACCAAGCAGACCAACAAGUUCGAGCAACGGAGCGGCGCACAUAGAUGAAAAUGAUGAUGCUGCUGAGGAUCCUAAUCCUGAGUUUGAUGGAGCAGAGCGUUCAGCAAAUCAAAUAACGCCACGCGAAUAUGCCGCAUAUCGCAUAGCCUGGCGGGAAAACGCUCAAACGCUUAUGCAUCGUGCCGGACGAUUGUUUCAGCAGUACUGUGUAGACCAGUACUGUAAGAUAGAGAUGCAGCGGUUGAAAUAUUUGCGAGAGCACCAGGCACAACUUCGCACUGAGGCGUACACGGGCUUUAUGGAUCUUGCCGGCGCUGAAGGUACCAUCGCGGAUCUUCAUCCCGAUAAUUUGCCUAAUGUGGCUGUGGAAAUCCCUGUAGUGCAAGAACCACCUGUUGCACCCCGUCGUUCCAUCAUCGAUCCGCCCUCGAACCUGUCGCGUACGGGCACACGUGUUAUUCUCGGACCAUCAUUUGUCGGUAGCAAUCGAUAUAUGCGAGCGCAAUAUCAAGACGCAAUGGCUAUUGUUCGAGCUUUGGGUAAACCGGACCUGUUUAUCACCGUCACGUGCAAUCCGAAGUGGCCGGAAAUCACACAGUGCCUACUUCCACGUCAGCAGGCCCCGGAUCGACCCGAUGUUAUCGUACGUGUCUUUCGGUUAAAGCUGAAAGCCAUACUGAAUGACCUAACCAUGGGAGCUCUCGGGAUUGAGGUAGCUCGCAUUCACGUUAUCGAGUUCCAAAAACGUGGCCUUCCCCAUGCACACAUACUCGUGAUUCUCGCCGAGGAAGACAAACCGCAGACCCCGGCAGACUACGACAAGAUCGUGUCUGCCGAACUUCCUAAUCCUGCAACGUCGUCGCAACUGUUCGAGACGGUACAGAGCUGUAUGAUGCAUGGACCGUGUGGGGCUGCCAAUCCUGCCGCACCUUGCAUGAAGGAUGGUACAUGCGAAAAAGGGUUCCCAAAGUCAUUCUGCGAACAGACGCGCAGCAUGGAUAAUGGCUAUCCACAGUACCGUCGUCGUAACAAUGGGCGCAGUGUGACGGUGAAAGGAAUCGAGCUGGACAACCGGUACGUCGUGCCCUACAACCCAUGGUUCACGCAUAAGUACAAUUGCCACAUCAACGUUGAGGUGUGUACUUCGAUCAGCAGCGUGAAAUAUUUGUACAAAUACGUGUACAAGGGGCACGACCGUCUGAGCGUUACCCUGGCGGUAGGCAACGAUGAAAUUCAGCAGCAUAUCGAUGCACGCUACCUUUCACCGACGGACAGCUGCUGGCGAAUAAUGCGCUUUGAGUUGCAAGCAAAAACGCACACCGUUGUUACACUGCCUAUCCAUCUGGAAAAUCAACAGAACGUGUUUUUCCGGGCAAACGAAACCGUUUCGUGCGUAUUAUACCGUGGUAACCAUACCAUGUUGACACGAUUCUUCCAGCUGGCGGCACAUGACAACUUUGCCAGAGCGCUCCUGUACCACGAUGUCCCGACGUACUACCGGUACGCGAAACCAACUGCGAACCAGCGACUACCGUGGCAGGAACCGGGAACAAAGCACUGGAUCCGUCGCAUACGUACCGGGCACAAGACAGUGAUCGGCCGAAUGGUGUCCUGUAGCAUGCAGCUUAUGGAACGCUACUGCUUACGGUUGCUUCUUUGCUACCGCAAGGGUCCAACAUCGUACGAGGAUCUGCGUACUGUUAACGGUUCGGUGUGCGAAACGUUUCAGCAGGCUGCCAUCAACGAAGGGCUGCUUGAGGAUGAUUCCGAGUGGGAUCGUGCUCUAGAAGAAGCGGCCACUUAUCGUAUGCCCGCCCAGUUGCGCCACUUCUUCGCACUCAUCCUUUCGUCUGGGAUGCCACAAAACCCGCGCACCCUGUGGGAAAGCUAUGCGAGUGAAAUGAGUGAAGAUUUUCACCACCGCAAUCGCGACCGGUACACGACGGAGGAAUCCGACCUGAAUAAGCUGCUACGUGAUGUUGAACACUUCCGGGCGCUGAGUGACAUCGAUCGCUACCUGCGCGGUACGACGCCAUCGAAGGAUUUGACCAGUUUCCCAGGAAUGCCUCAGCUUUCGGAGUAUGAACACGUUCAGGCACACAUCAUGGACAAUGAUGAUGUCAACGAGUUCAUUAUCGCUGAACGAUCGUAUCUGAUCACGGAUCUCGAUGCUACCCUUGCCACCGUACAUCAGCUCAACGACGAACAACGCAUGGUGUACGAAACGGUCACGGCGGCAAUCGAUCGUCAAUUAGCGACGGCGGCAAGCCAAGCGAACGCUGGUGACCAACGGUUAUUCUUCCUGGAUGGCCCUGGUGGAACGGGUAAAUCUUUUUUGGUAGAAAAGAUACUGGCACACGUCCGUCGCUGCGGAGAAAUUGCGCUCGCAACUGCAGCAAGCGGCAUAGCAGCACUGUUGCUUACAGGAGGGAAAACAGUACACUCCACGUUUAAGUUGCCGCUGGACUUAAACAAUCAUUCCACCUGUAGCAUUACGGUUCAGUCGAAACGGGCCGAAAUGCUUCGACAAACAGCACUGAUCGUUUGGGAUGAGGCGUCGAUGAGCAGUCGGUUUGCUCUCGAAGCAGUCGAUCGGACCCUGCAGGACAUAACGGGUGUGCAGCUUCCUUUCGGCGGUAAGGUGGUGCUGCUGUCCGGUGACUUUCGGCAAAUUUUACCGAUCGUACCGAAGGGCACGGAUGCACAAAUCAUCAACGAGUGCAUCAAGAAGAGCACAUUAUGGCCCCUGUUUAGGUCGCUACAAUUGCGCGAUAACAUGCGGGUACGCACGGCACCAAACGCGAACCAAGCCAGUGAGUUGCGAGAUUUUGCCAACCUUCUGCUUCGUAUCGGUGAAGGACGGCACGAUACGUUUGCUGGACUGGAUCCAUCGUUGGCAAAAAUACCGCACGAUAUGAUUGUGCCCCAUACUGCGAAUCCGACAAACGACCUUAACACCCUGAUCGACAAAAUCUACCCGGACAUGCAACGGCACUUCCAACAUCCGUCAUUCUUUUCGGAUCGGGCUAUUCUGUCGCCGCUUAACGUGGAUGUUGCCAGCGUGAACAACCUGGUCCUAGACCGAAUUCCUGGACCGGAACAGGAGUACCGUUCGGUCGAUACAUUGGUCAACCCGGAGGAACACGAGCAUCUGCAACUUCCUUCCGAAUACUUGAACACACUCAAUGUCAGCGGCAUCCCAGUGCAUCGCUUGCGGCUGAAACGAUUUGCACCAGUACUUUUAUUGCGCAAUCUUAAUUCCGACAUGGGAUUGUGUAACGGUACGCGUUUGCAAAUUGUAGGCCUAAAGCGAAACUGUUUACACGCUAAAAUUCUGACAGGCACGCGGAGAGACGAAGACGUCCUGCUUCCACGGAUCUUCUGUGACAGCAACGAUAAGGGUCACCCGUUCCAGAUCCGCCGUAAACAGUUUCCGGUGCAAGUGUGCUUUGCGAUGACCAUCAACAAGUCGCAAGGGCAAUCGCUUCACCAUUUGGGCCUAUAUCUGCCGCAAGAUGUUUUCGCCCAUGGCCAGCUAUACGUUGCACUCUCGCGGGUGACAUCACGAGCGAACAUUGCUGUGCUGAUACCGAACCCGAAACGCGCUGACGAGGAAGGUGUCUCCACAAGCAACAUCGUCGACCGAGAGGUCGUUGACAGAUGAUUCUUCUACUGAACCAGAGUGUGACUUUGAACCGGCUAUUCACUAACAAUACAUCUACCAGAACCUAGAACAAGACGGCAGCAAAAUACAAACAAUACAUGUGUACAUCUUCCUUGGCUAUCCUUACUGCAUUUUCGUUUCAUGCAGCGCCUGCAACCAAAACGAUCACGUAAACGACGGGACAAUCAAUUGAACUUCCAUGCUGGAAGGUGGAGCUUUACUUCAUGCACCACGUUCCAUGCGC